AUGCCAGACAAGUACCUCGAGCUCUCGUUUGUCGGAGACAGCGUGUGGAAGGGCCAUUUCGGUCAUGACCUGAAAUUCAGGAUUGAUCGAUUAGGACCAUAUUUCAAAGUCAGCAAGCAUCAACCUCAGCAGGCAAUCCCUCUCCCUCAAGCACGACCAAUGGAACCCAGAAUCCCAACACAGCGAAGAGCCGCACCUACAGAUGUGAGAUUCAUCUUCUCGGCCACCUCACCGUCAACAACUUCACGGCUACUCAAGCACGACUCGGCGGCUGUUUCCGACGUGUUUCUAGUCAAGAAGCUGGCCGUCCAAUUUUUCUCUUACGACAUCACUGUCAAGGAACUACCCGACGACUUGACCGUUGGCAAGGUUGUUGAGGCGGUGUGCAAAGAUGACCUUUCAACAGAUGCAGUCACAGUGGCAGAGCAAGAGGAUACCCAGGCUCCGAAACCACCAGCCCUAUUACCUGGUCAUGUUACUCAAGCAAAUACGAAGGCGCCAGUGUCCAAAGUCAACCAUGAUUCCAAGGCCAUCACACCAGACGCUUGGCUCUUUGCGGAGAUUACCCUCCCAUCUGCCUCGAACAUCACUUCCAACGAUCGGCCCUUGAAUUCGAGCCUGGCUCUUGCUGCCAUCGACAGAGACCCAUCAAAUGCGUCCACUCAAUUGGAAACUGGGAAGCUCGUCCCUAAUAUCCUUCUUUACGCACGUGUUUUAAAGGACAAGAUCAAGACGGAGAGCUCCCGAAAGGUCCAAGUCGAGGACGCAACAUUGGAAAUCGAGUUUGCUCAAAAUCAGAAGCUUAAACUUGUUGUUGAUUUCUACUUUGAUGAGACUCGAACGUGGUACAUGCCUACGGCUGGUGGUCCGGCAUUGCGGGAACCGUUUAAGGAAAUGUUCGACGUCGAGCUCGUCCAGCUCGAUUCCCAGGUCGGUGGCCAUUCACUACCUCUGAAGCGGGAGACGAAGGAGCUUGAGGUCGAGUUCCAUCUCGAGGCAGCCAUCUAUCUCUUCAACCAGCCUUUCGAUCUACAUCUCGACAUUGGCCCCUCGAAAAACGAGGGUUUCAGCAUCUCGGCCGUAUACAAGAAGCCAUUGGAUCUUGAGAUUGUCAAACUCACAGGCCGCAAAGACCCUGAGAUGGGGAAAACAGAAGACGGACCUGCGAAUUCCGUCGACCCCUCACAGAAAACAGUCAACAACAACAAGACGACUACUUCUGCGAGUCUGGCUGUCACGGCCGGCCUGAGUAUCUUUAACUGUGACCCUAUUCCAGUCAAUAUGGGCUAUGAAUCAGGAACGAAGAGCUUCUUCGUGAGCGUAGCUUUACCGUUCAAUUUUCUAGGCGAUACCGAAGCGCAUUCCGUAACAUUCCGGUACAAGAAUGGAAAAUUGUCCUUUGACGGACUCAAGAUCAACGACGAGUUCGCAAACAAAAUCAAGGACUUCAAGGGCUUGAUGCAGAUAGGUUCCAACCGCAAGAAUGGCAAGAAGCCCGGUUGUGGUGAGCUCGUUGGCUGUGCCUGGAAGGCGGCCGUCCAAAGCCGAUGGAAGUUUGGCCUCAAGCUUCCUGAGGAGGAAUCAUCCCCAAACCAGAGCCCGCCGGCUCGAACCCGAACAUCGUGGGUGGCAACCACAAGAGCUUGUUGA